GGUGCACACUUCCUUCAAACACGUGUUUCACUGGGACAAUAGUGAGUGGUGCACACUUCCUUCGCCCGGCCACAGAAGACAAAAAAGAGUUGCUGGUGUAACAAUAGGAAGAAUAUAUUCCACUCCUCUCUUCUACACGCGGCUUAUGAGAUGAACGCUCGUCAAGAAGAACGUCCCCUUCAGCAGCAGGAGGAUCCACAGCCCCCCCACAUGAAAGAGGAAGAGGAGGAAGUGUGGAUCAGCCAGGAGGGAGAGUGUCUUCUAGGACAGGAGGAGGCUGAUGUCAGCAAGUUUCCACUGACUGUUGUCUCUGUGAAGACUGAAGAGCAUGAAGACAAAGCAGCUGAGUCCUCACAGCUUCAUCACAGUCCAAACGUCUGUGAAGAACAACGUCUGCCUGAAAAACAGGAGUGUAGCUUCAGGAUGGUGAAGGAGGAUCCUUCAAAGAGGAAGAUGAGGCGCCACGGACCCUCUGGCGUCUCCUUUUCCUCUUUGACAAAGACCCUUCCCUGUAAAAAGGAAGAGGAAGACUCACUGACCCCCCACAUUAAAGAGGAAGAGGAGGAACACAGCAUCAGUCAGCCUAAAUGGUUGGAGGAGUUCCCAGUGACUGGUGUCCCUGUGAAGAGUGAAGAUGAUGAGGUGAAAGGUGAAAGUGAGGAGAGGGGAGGGGGGGAGCCUCCAAGCAGCAGCUCAACACAACACAUGACAACAGAAGCUGAUGGAGACCACUGUGGAGGAUCACAAGCAGACAAGCUCUUAGCUCCACUAUCAGAUAGUGAGGACACAACCUCACACUCUCCUGACACUGAUGAUGAUGAUGAUGCAACAUGUCACACUGACAACACACGCCUGACAUGCUCUCACUGUCACAAAACAUUUAAAUACCAAUGUCAUCUGAAAGUACACAUGAGAACACACACUGGAGAAAAACCUUUUUCUUGUUCACUCUGCGGUAAAGGUUUUACACAAAGUCAAGAUUUGAAAGUACACAUGAGAACACACACUGGAGAAAAACCAUUUUCCUGUUCAACCUGUGGUAAAUGUUUUACACAAAGUCAAUAUUUAAAAGUACACAUGAGAAGACACACUGGAGAAAAACCUUUUUCCUGUUCAACCUGUGGUAAAGGUUUUACACAAAGUCAAGAUUUGAAAGUACACAUGAGAACACACACUGGAGAAAAACCAUUUUCCUGUUCAACCUGUGGUAAAUGUUUUACACAAAGUCAAUAUUUAAAAGUACACAUGAGAAGACACACUGGAGAAAAACCUUUUUCCUGUUCAACCUGUGGUAAAGGUUUUACACAAAGUCAAUAUUUAAAAGUACACAUGAGAACACACACUGGAGAAAAGCCUUUUUCCUGUUCAACAUGUGGUAAAGGUUUUGUACAAAGCAACAGUUUGAAAGUACACACUAGAACACACACUGGAGAAAAAUCACAUUCCUGCUCAAUCUGCAACAGAAGGUUUUGUCAGCGAUCAAACCUUGUAGCACACAUGAGGAGACACCCAGGAGAGAAAGUGUUGAGUUGCAGUGUGUGUGGUGAAAGAUUGUCUUCUAAGUACCAGUGUAAGAAACACAAGUGUGCUGGUGAGAACAGCAGCAGCAAAUGAAACUGCAGGAUUUGAAAUAAACUGUCCAGACUUUCAUUUUGACUUUCUAACAACAUCAGCACAUAUAACAUGUGUGACAUUUAUGUGCUUUUGUCAGGCAAGUGCAUGCAUUAAUAUGCAACCUUGUGUACUUUUAUCAAAAAUUGGACCGAACAAUUUGAUUGAAAAGGUGAGAGUAAACAGUACAAGACAUUUUUUUAAAUAAAAUAAACAUUGUAUGUGUGUAUAUAUUCAUUAUACAAUAUUAGACAUGCAUAAUUGUGUUUUUUAUAGGUGUUCGAAAUAUUGAAGUGUGACAUAUUUUUAUUUCUAAUUGUUAAUAAUCCCAUAGAUAAGCACCUUUAUAUGAUAUACAUAUGUACUGGUUCACAUCUGAAACAUCUUCUGGACCACUUCAGGAAGUAUAUUAUUAUUCACUUUAUACAUCAUUUGAACAGUUGUCUUUUAUACAGUUUCGAAAUGUGUGAUUUUAUGAAUCAUUUGUUGGUCUCUAAUCCAUUUAAUGAAUUAUCUGUAUUACUCGCUUUUGUAAUAUGAUGAUUGUUUUAUAUGUAUGUAACCAGACCUUUAUGCAAUAAAAAGUAAGAGAAAAUUACUGAAA